CUACUACUACUACUAUUGCUGUUAAUAUUAAUAUAAUUUUCAAUGUCUGAUUCUGUUGUCCGAGUAGGAAUUGGUUGCUUUGUAACGUGUGUAUUUGAGGAUGGAAUGAAAAUUCUGGUUGGACAGAGAAAAGGAUCACAUGGUGCUGGUACCUGGCAACUUCCAGGGGGACAUCUUGAAUUUGGAGAGACAUUUGAGGACUGUGCUGGACGUGAGGUUCUCGAGGAAACAAAUCUCAAAUUGAGUCAAAUCGAUUUCAUUACGGCGGUCAAUUCACGGAUGCCAGCCGAGAAAAAACACUAUGUGACUUUAUUUAUGCAUGGCAGAGUGACGCGUUCAGAAGCAGCCAAUGUUAAAGUAAUGGAGCCAGAGAAGCUUGAAGGAGAGUGGCAUUGGAUGACGUGGGAUGAGUUGUGCCAGAAAAAGCCACUGUUUAUUCCCCUCGCCCUUUUUGUAGACUUUAACUCACUUCCAGAAGUCUUAGAGAGGAAGUAGUGGUUUUUCACGUGACCUAAAUAAACGACGUCACUAUAAUAAAGCGAAAUGAUUGGAUGCCAGCUUU